CCGCGGGAUAAGGGGCGGCCGAGCGGCGGGAGGUGGGCGGCCGACGGCGCCCUUUCGUCAUGAACCUGCACCAGGUGCUGACGGGGGCUGUGAACCCCGGGGACAACUGCUUCUCCGUGGGGAGCCUCCACGAUCAGCCCUUCACGGCAUACGCGUCCGGAUGUGAUAUUGUGGUAUUGGGCACUGACUUUGAAAGAUUACAGAUAAUCCCUGGAGCAAAACAUGGAAACAUUCAAGUGGGAUGUGUGGACUGUUCAAUGCAACAGGGGAAGAUUGCAGCUUCUUACGGAAAGGUGAUUUGUAUCUUUGAGCCAGUAAGCAUCUUGAAGCAGAACAGCAGUCAUCAUGAUGUGUUACAUUAUCAGUGGCAGAAGAAUGCUCAAAUCUCACUGGAGGCCAUAGCGCAUAAUCUAACAUGGGAUCCCACAGGCACUCGUCUUUUGACUGGUUCCAGUUGUCUUCAGCUUUGGUCUAAUGUUCCUUUGGAAAAACCUUCUGACAAUGACAGUACUGAAAGAAGAGAUGUUGGACUUGGAGAAUGGAGAUGUAUCUGGCAAUGCAAAACUGCCUCUCAAGUUUGGUUAAUGAAAUUCUCACCAGACGGGGAGUUUUUUGCUACUGCUGGAAAGGAUGAUUGUCUUGUGAAAGUAUGGUACAAUACAGACAGCUGGAGAUCAGCCAUAACACCACCUGGUGCAAGUCCAGAAAAACAAGCACAAGAAGUUGAUUUUUCAUUUGUUUAUUUGUCUCAUCCUCGAUCAGUAAACACAUUUUCGUGGAGGAAGACCAGUAAAUUCAUGCCACGUGGUGCUGUCUGCAAUGUACUCCUGACCUGCUGCAAGGAUAAUGUUUGUCGUCUCUGGGCAGAGACUUUGCUACCCAACGACAGUCUAUUGUAUGGUGGAGGAUACAACAAUUGGAGUGAAUCAGUGAACUUCACAAAUAACUUCAAGAGAAAUACUUCGAGUAAGGAAAAAGUGCAUAAUGCUUUAGAGUUAAGCUUGAGGCACUUUAGACGAGGAAGGAGGAGGUCUGGCGCUGUUGUAGCACAUACUGGAUAUGCUCCGCAUCAGCAAGAUCCCCAUGAAGUUCACAGGAAUGUCCCUCUUCAUGCAAAUGCACUUUGUCACUUCCAUAUUGCUGCCAGUAUCAAUCCAGCCACAGAUAUUCCUCUACUCCCUUCUAUCACUUCUCUGAGUCUUGGUGGAAAUGAAGAAAAAAGUGGACCUUUUAUUGUGCACUGGUUAAAUAAUAAGGAACUUCAUUUUACCUUAUCUAUGGAAGUAUUUUUGCAAACACUUAAAAAGAGUUUUGAACGUCAUUCUCCUGAGACUAACACUGAGGAAGCUAAUCAGGUGGAUGGCAGAUCAGAAGACGAUGUGGAUGGAAAUGGAGAUGAACAGAAAGGGGUCCAGGAAAAGAAAGAACUGGGUGAAGAGAAAACUCUAAAUUCAAGCCUUAUUCCUUUAUCUUCUGCUAUCAUUGAUCAUGAAAUUGAAUUACUCCUUUCUGAAUGGAAUAAAAAUGCUGACAUGCUAUUCAGUAUACAUCCUAUGGAUGGUUCACUGCUGGUAUGGCAUGUGGACUGGCUAGAUGAAUACCAGCCUGGCAUGUUUCGCCAGGUGCAGGUGUCCUUUGUCUCAAGAAUUCCUGUUGCAUUUCCAACGGGUGAUGCAAACUCUCUUUGCAGAAGUAUAGUGAUGUAUGCUUGUACCAGAAAUGUUGACUUAGCUAUUGAGCAAGGCAAACAAAAGCCUCCUGGCCUUACACGAUCUGCAUCUAUGCUUAUUUCUUCUGGACACAGUAAAUCAACCAACAGUUUAAAACUAAGUAUCUUCACACCCAAUGUUAUGAUGAUUUCCAAACAUGCAGAUGGGUCAUUGAACCAGUGGCUAGUGAGUUUUGCUGAGGAAUCUGCUUUUUCAACUGUACUCAGUAUUUCACAUAAAUCCCGAUAUUGUGGUCACCGUUUUCAUCUUAAUGACUUGGCUUGCCACUCAGUAUUACCACUGCUGCUUACAACCUCACAUCACAAUGCUCUGAUUUCACCAGAUGUUGAGAACACAAAACAGGCAAAUGAUUCUUUAGAGUCUCAGGAAUCACCAGUAAGACUUCAGAGCAGAGGCAAUGCAAGCACAACAUCCCAGGAUCCCAGUGCGGUUUACAGUGAACUUAUUCUUUGGAGAGUUGACCCUGUUGGGCCUUUGUCCUUUUCUGGUGGAGUUUCUGAACUUGCUCGGAUCAAUUCUCUCCAUGUUUCAGCUUUCUCUAAUGUUGCAUGGCUGCCCACACUUAUACCCAGCUAUUGCCUUGGUGCAUAUUGUAAUUCUCCAAGUGCCUGCUUUGUGGCUAGUGAUGGACAGCAUUUGAGAUUAUAUCAAGCUGUAAUAGAUGCCAAGAAGCUUCUUUGUGAGCUCUCCAAUCCAGAAAUAUCUAAAUAUGUUGGUGAAGUUUUUAACAUCGUAAGUCAGCAAUCUACUGCUCGCCCAGGAUGUAUCAUUGAACUGGAUGCUAUCACAGAGCUUCAUGGCAGGAAAACACAAUUAUUCCAUGUUUUUCAAGAAGAUUUCAUUUUGAAUAACCAGGAGAAAGAAGUACCUGAAAAGAAGAAAAAUUUGUCAGAAUCCGGAGACCAGCAGAAUGGAUUCUCUGAAAAAUUCUACUUAAUAGUAGUAGAGUAUACUCAAAACCACUCAUUACUACAUAUGUGGCAUCUACAUUUGAAGUCAAUUCCUGUUUCAGUAGAUGAAAAAGUAGUUUCAAACCCACCUGAAGCCACAGCACAGGCAGAAGAAUUGUACUCUUCACCAGAUCCAGAGAAGAUUCAGUCACCUUUCACUCAGAAGUAUCAAGCCUGUAGAGCAAACCUUCAGAGCACCAGCUGGCUUACUCUGUCUUCCAAAAUGGUGUAUAGUCAACAGCUGAAUUUGCCAGAAGGAGUAGAGAUAAUUAGUGUAAAGCCAUCAGCAGGACAUCUGAGUAGUUCUUCCAUAUAUCCGGUUUGUCGUGCUCCGUAUCUGCUGGCUACUUCGUGCUCUGAUGGAAAAGUUCGAUUCUGGAGAUGCAGAGUUUCCACUGAAUCAUCAGCUUUGUCCAUGCCAGACUAUAGUGCAAAUAGUGAUGUUAUAUAUGUAUGGGAAGAAUGGCCAUUACUGAUUGAAAAUGGACUUAAUUGUAGUGCCGUUAGUGUUCCAGGAAGGCCAACUGAAAUUAGCUGUGCACACACAAACAGAUUAGCUGUAGCAUACAAACAGGUAACAGCUAAAAAUAGUAAUUUUUCUCAUGAUUUUGUAAUGCACAUUAGUAUUUUUGAAUGUGAAUCUACAGGGGGUUCUUCUUGGAUUUUAGAACAGACUCUUCGUUUAGAUGAGAGAGGCACCAUGUUAGAAUCUGGUGUUAUUAUUGAUAGUAAUUUAGUGGCAUAUAACCAACAUAUGUCCAGCACUAAGCACUUGGUACACCUAGAUUGGAUGUCUAGGGAAGAUGGUUCACAUAUUCUGACAGUGGGAAUUGGAUCAAAACUUUAUAUGUUUGGUCAGCUGUCUGGAAAAAUGCAGGAACAAAGUGGUAAGGAGAUUGUAGCAGUUUCCCAAAGUGUCAGUACAAAGGCAAGGUUUGUUCUCCUGCGUUGUGUCAACUUGGUUUCAUCUGUAGAGGGGUCACCUCCUUUUCCAGUCUCCUUGUCCUGGGUACGUGAUGGCAUUCUAGUAGUUGGAAUGGAUUGUGAAAUGCAUGUUUAUUCCCAGUGGCAAUCUCCUUCCAAGCAGGAACUAGAUAGUACAGAUUCCUACGGUGCAAGUGCAUCAUGUAUAACUAGCUUAAUGAAACAGAGCCAGUCAGUUUCCUCAGGUCUGCAUCCACCAAAGCGAACCUUGACCAGAUCUAUGACCAGCCUUGCACAGAAGCUUAGUGGUAAAAGAUCUGCCUGUGAUCUGUCUACAGAAAUGGAAGAUUCUGGUCUUUUUGAAGCAGCUCACACAUUAUCUCCCACUUUACCUCAGUAUCAUCCAUAUCAACUGUUGGAACUCAUGGAUCUUGGUAAAGUACGUAGAGCCAAAGCCAUUCUGUCCCAUCUGGUGAAGUGCGUUGCUGGAGAAGUUGUUGCUAUAAAUGAAUCUGAAACUAAUCAUGAUAAGAGGCUCAGAUCCCUGACCAUCAGUGCUAGUGGAAGUACUGCAAGAGAUCCCAAAACAUUCAGCAAAACUGAGACUACAGACUAUAUUGAAAUAGACUCUGUUCCACCAUUGCCUUUGUAUGCUUUGCUUGCUGCAGAUGAGGAUUCAUCACAUUCCUUUUCUGAGAAGUCUAAUAAUCAAAAUAGUAAAAAUAAAAAAGAUAUGCCUGAUGUCAGUUAUGAAGAUCUCUUUCAAAGUACUAUUGUAAGUACAGAUGAACUACUUACAUUUGAUGGAGAUGAAGACAGUUUGAAACCAAAUGUCAUUGAUCUUUCUCAGUAUAGCCCAACUUACUUUGGACCAGAACAUGCUCAAGUUCUUUCUCGUCACUUGCUUCAUUCAAGCUUGCCAGGUCUCACUAGAAUGGAGCAAAUGUCAUUGAUGGCUUUGGCAGAUACAGUUGCUACUACCAGUACUGACAUUGGAGAAAGCAGAGACAGAAAUCAGGGUGGAGAAACUCUUGAUGAGUGUGGAUUAAAAUUUUUGUUGGCUGUUCGUCUGCACACAUUUCUAUCAACUUCACUUCCUCCUGUACAGCGAGCUCAACUGCUUCACCAAGGCUUAUCUACCAGUCAUUUUGCUUGGGCAUUUCAUUCAGUAGCAGAAGAAGAGCUACUGAGCAUGUUACCUGCAUUACAGAAAGGAGAUCUAACAUGGUCAGAACUCAGAGCCAUGGGUGUAGGAUGGUGGGUUCGAAAUAUCCACAGCCUUCGGAAAUGCAUAGAAAAGGUGGCUAAAGCAGCCUUUCAGCAAAAUAAUGACCCACUGGAUGCAGCCAUUUUCUACCUUGCAAUGAAGAAGAAGGCUGUGAUCUGGGGAUUAUACAGGUCCCAAAAAGACACUAAAAUGAUGCAGUUUUUUGGGAAUAACUUCACUGAGGACAGAUGGCGUAGAGCAGCACUAAAGAAUGCUUUUUCUUUGCUUGGCAAACAGCGUUUUGAACAUGCUGCAGCAUUUUUCUUGUUGGCAGGACAUUUAAAAGACGCAGUAGAGGUCUGCCUUGAAAAACUACAUGACAUUCAGUUAGCUCUUGUAAUAUCAAGACUUUAUGAGUCAGAAUUUGAAGCAUCUAGUACUUACAAAUCUAUACUACAAAAUAGAAUUUUGGGAAGUGUGCAAGCUGGAAAAGAGAGCUUAGGAAACAUGCACUGUGACCCUUUUCUACGAAGUAUGGCUUACUGGAUUUUGGAAGAUUAUAGCAAGGCUCUUGACACUUUAAUUAAAAAUUCUGUUCAAGAUGAAGAUGAAGGAGAUGGCUCGUCAAGUUGUAAUCCUGCGGUUUUUAACUUCUAUAACUUCUUAAGAACACAUCCUCUCCUGCUGAGACGUCAUUUUGGCUCUUCUGAUACAUCUUCCACACACAUUUGUCUAACAGUGGAAAAUGGGCUGGCUGACAAAAUCAACCUAGGUGAAAGGCAGUUGUUUUUCACCACUGCAUAUGCUCACCUGAAAGCUGGUUGUCCUAUGUUGGCCUUAGAAGUGUUAUCAAAGAUGCCCAAAGUUGUCAAGAGAUCAAAAUCGUUAUGCAGAUCCCCUAGCUUAAUGGAUACUAGUAAAGAUCUCUCCCCUUCUCCAGUUAAAGAGUUGGAAACAAAAGACAAAUCUUCAAGUAUUGAUUGGUCACAGACAGUAUUAAAUGAUCUGGGGUCAUCUUCAGAUUAUUCAUCAGGAAAAGAUUCAGGUUCAACCCUUUCCUUUGACUGGAGCCAGCCAAGUGUGGUGUUCCAAGAUGAACACUUGAAACUCCACUCAGAUGAUAAUCAAAGUGAUGAGAGUGAAGAUUCUUCCCUGGUAGUGAAAGAGCUAAAAUCCCCAAGGAAAACUGAAAAAUUGUAUGAAACAAGUCCUAGCUACAGAGAAUCUUUUAGUGCAGUUGAUGACAAAGAUAUUCUAAGUCCAUCAGAAGAUAUAAUUUGGGUACAGCUGAAGUUUAGAGCAUGCCUGAAAAUUCUUACUGUAGAGCUUCGUACACUGUCCACUGGUUAUGAAGUAGAUGGUGGCAAGUUGAGGUAUCAGCUUUAUCAGUGGCUUGAAAAAGAAGUGGUAGCUCUUCAAAAGACUUGUGAUUAUGGUGUUGAGGAGAUACAGUCAGGAAUUAAUGUGAUGCCAAAGGAAGCUACAUUACGUGAAAACUCUGAAAACUUAGCUGACCAGCAAAAAAAUAUGCUACAGAAAGACUUCCAUAAAAGACGACAAUGGCUUCUGAAACACCAGUCUCUCUUAAGAAUGUUCCUUAGUUACUGUAUACUUCAUGGCUCUCAUGGUGGAGGAUUGGCAUCUGUCAGAAUGGAAUUAAUUCUGCUAUUGCAGGAAUCUCAGCAGGAGCAGUCAGUACAGAUACCUUUCCACCCUCAACCAGAGCAGAGCUCCAUACCUCUCCUAUUUGCUUGCACAGCUAGUGCCAAAACAGUGGUGGCUAAUCCCAUGUUACAUCUUGGUAAUUUAACUCAUGACAUCUUACAUGCCAUAAUAAAUCUUGAUUCACCACCUCAUCCAGAUACUCAGAGCAACAAGAUAUAUGUAAUGCAUACCUUAGCAGCAUCACUCUCUGCUUGCAUCUACCAGUGUCUUUGUGAUGGCCACAGCUACAGCUCAUUUCAAGCAAAUCAAUUCACUGGAACAGUAUAUCAGACAGUGCUAUUAAGUCGUCGCCAUUCUCUAAGAACAGCAAGCUUAGAAGAAACAGUGACUCCCAAUACAUCACCUGCUCAGUGGCCAGGAAUAACAGCUCUAAUACGUCUCUUGAAUUCUGCUGGUGAGGAAGCACAGCCAGGUCUCACAGUUUUGCUUUGUGAAAUUCUAACUGCAGUCUAUUUGAGCCUGUUUAUCCAUGGUCUAGCAACACAUUCUAGUAAUGAGUUGUAUAGAAUUAUGGCUCAUCCACUUAACAACAAAAUGUGGUCUGCUGUCUUUGGAGGAGGAGCACAUACACCAGCCACAGGACAACAGCAGUUAAAGGCAAAAACUGGUAGGCACUUCCCAAUGCCUAGCCCACAUCAGGUAGUAGUAUUCUCCAUGGAAUGCGUGGGGUUUUCCAAAUCCCUUACUGCCUUCAGUUCUCAUAGUCCUACCAAAUCUUCAGAUGAUGGAGAGAAACAGCAAAAACAUUACAGGCUUUCAUCACAAACCUCUCCAAAAGAGAGUUCUCAGUUGCCGGUGUUGCCAUUGGUAGACCAAGAAUCUCCAUCUUACAAAGAAAGAUUUAUUCCUCCUGAGCUUAGCAUAUGGGAUUAUUUCAUUGCAAAGCCUUUUCUUCCAUCACAAAGUAGAGUGGAAUAUGAUUCAGAAGAGAGUCUGGAAAGUGGUGAAGAUGAUAAUGAUGAUGUUGAUGAUGAUGUGUUUGCACCAAACUCGCACAAUCAAGAGCAUUCUAACUCAAAUUCAUACAGUUGGUCACUGAUGAGAUUGGCAAUGGUUCAGCUGGUACUUCACAAUUUGAAGAUUUUCUACCCUUUGGCUGGACAUGAUCUUUCAGAGCUUCCAGUUAGCUCCCCGAUAUGCCAUGCAGUUUUGAAAACACUACAGCGCUGGGAACAAGUUCUUUUCCGACGUCUUGAGCUGUAUGGGGGUCCACCUCAACAUUAUAUUUCAGUUCAUGCCUCUGAAGAUGCCCUAGCUGCUGGUCCUGCAUUGCUUCGCCAUAAAGCUUUACUUGAACCUACAAACACUCCAUUCAGAUCUAACAGUCAUCUUGCACGAUCUGUGAAGAGGCUCUGGCAGUACUUGGUCAAACAGGGAGAAGUCCAGGAAACCUUUAUCAGAAAUAUUUUUACAAAGAAGCGAUGCCUAAAUGAGUCGUUAGAGGAGCACAAUGAAACCAUGAAACAUUGUGUGGUGGAAGAGCCCAUCAUCAAUAAGAUAGAAACAGAUUUGUGUUACCCAGGAGGCAAGGCACGAAUAAUUCAUAAGGAGUCUGACAUCAUUACUGCUUUUGCCAUCAAUAAGGCAAAUCGGAAUUGCAUUGCAAUAGCAUCAAGUCAUGACAUUCAAGAAUUAGAUGUUUCUGCAAUUUUGUCUACACAAAUCUACACCUGGGUUGAUGACGAUGUCGAAAUAGAAAAUAAAGGGGCUGAUGAUUUCUUGGUUAUACAUGCUCGUGAUGAUCUGGUAAAUGUUCAGGGAUCCACUCCUUAUACACAUAGUAAUCCUGGCACACCUAUCAACAUGCCUUGGCUUGGUAGUACGCAAACUGGCAGGGGUGCAUCUGUGAUGAUCAAGAAGGCUAUUAAUAACGUCAGACGAAUGGCUUCUCAUCCAACAUUACCAUACUACCUGACAGGUGCUCAAGAUGGUAGUGUAAGAAUGUUUGAAUGGGGUCAUGCACAGCAAAUCACAUGUUUUCGAUCUGGUGGCAACUCAAGGGUAACUCGAAUGAGAUUCAAUUACCAAGGAAAUAAGUUUGGAAUUGUUGACGGUGAUGGAUAUAUAAGUUUAUAUCAAACAAAUUGGAAAUGUUGCCCACUUACUGGAACUUCACCUAAACCAUAUUUGACGUGGCAGUGUCAUAACAAAACAGCCAAUGACUUUGUUUUCGUAAGUUCAUCAUCUUUGAUAGCCACAGCAGGAUUGUCUUCUGACAACAGAAAUAUUUGUCUUUGGGAUACUUUGGUUUCACCUACAAAUAGUUUGGUGCAUGCUUUUAUCUGUCAUGAUAGUGGAGCAACUGUGCUAGCAUAUGCUCCAAAACAUCAGCUGUUAAUAUCUGGAGGCAGAAAAGGCUUUACCUGUAUAAUUGAUCUUCGCCAAAGACAGCAGCAACAAUUACUUCAGAGUCAUGAUUCUCCAGUCAAAGCAAUUGCUGUUGAUCCAGCAGAAGAGUAUUUUGUUACAGGAUCUGCUGAGGGCAACAUAAAGGUAUGGAGUCUGUCUACAUUUAGUCUUCUUCACACUUUCAUCAAUGAGCAUGCUCGACAGUCUCUCUUCAGAAACAUUGGAACAGGAGUCAUGCAAAUUGAGACAGGACCAGCAAAUCACAUAUUCUCCUGUGGUGCUGAUGGAACAGUAAAGAUGAGAAUCUUGCCUGAUAGAUUCAGCCCUUUAAAUGAUGUGUUAAAAAAUGAUGUGAAACUUGUGAUCUAAUAUUUCCCUCAGAACAGUGUAUAACAUUCCCAUUCUGACAUCCCUGAAAAUAUUUUCUCUGGAAUUAGCCAACAAAGCAGAUACACAAUGAGAGCUUGUGCCACUAAGUUUAAUUUUUGUUUGGUUUGUUUAGUUUUCUUCCUCCCUUAAUAUUUAUUACCUGGAGCUUUUAGUCCCUGGUGCACUGAUGCCUUAAAAGAUUAACAAGGUCCUUCAAAUUUUGUUCAUUGCCUAAAUUAAAUCUAUACACUACUCUGAAUUAUAUACCUGUAAUAUUAUUAAGAUGUUGCUGAAGUAGUUUACUCUUCUUUUUGAGGUAGUUACACUCCCACCUGGAGUAUACCAUCUGGGCAUGGCCUCUGCUUAUCUUCAACACCCUUCUAAUAUCAAGUUUGUCCAGAUGGAAACCUUAGAUGUUUCUCUUUCACAGUGUCAACCAUAACUGUGUCUCUUCUCAACUUGUUUAGUCAACUGACAAUAAAAAUUUAUACCUAUGUGUAGAAGAGAAACAAAGCAUGUAUGAUUAGAUAUUCCUGGCCAUGCAAGCAUUCAUAUAGCAAGGCACUGUCUGUCUCCAUUCCUGGAAUCCAGGCUGUUUACCUUUCUAAGUUGCCUAAUCUCCUUUGUCUCAUCUGGGGUAUAAGAAACUGAAGGAUAUUCUGGAACUUGUCAUCUGUUCUAUAGCUUGAAACACUGCCAUCAGGAUGGCAGGCUUACUUUUAAAAAAUAACUUUAUUUUUAACCUUGAACACUCCCAUUAAAAAAAUGUGUAAAUAUUAAUGGAUAUCUUCCUAGGGAAAUAGUCAAGAUUAUGUGAGAUGUUUUAGUCGUGAUCAAAAAGAUACAGGAAGAUACUGUUUGCUUUAGGAUACGGCACUAGAAUUUCUUCUAAGACUUUAUGUGCAUGUCUGUAGAGAAAAAACCCCACCUAAUUAAUUUUUUCAUUUUUUUCCAGUGAGACUUUUAUUUAGCCCAAAGAUAGUCAGUUCACUCUUAGCACUUACUUUCUUGUCUGAUUUUCCUUAGUACUUUAAAAAAGGAAAAAGGAAAAAAGUUCAACAGCAAAGUACUUUAAUAUUGUUACUUUUUGUACUGUAGGUUUACAUUUGGUGCAAAAUUAAAGAAAAAAUUUUGAAAAGGGUAAAUUUUUUUUUUGCCAAAAUAGUUAACUGCAUAACUUAAAUGUCUGACCAAAUUAUUAAUGCACAAAGCCUUUACAUUUUUCAGUCAGCUAAAGACUGUUUCUGUUAGUGUUUUAGUUUACUUUUCCUGACUUGAGAGCUUGACAGAGGUUUUAUUUGUAAAUUAGAUAUAAGGCUGGAUUACUUGAAUGCCAAUGGUGUACUUUUGCUAAAAUAUAUUUUGUGAAUUAUAGCACCAAGAUAUUAACUGUAAAAUAAAGUUGUCAAACUAGGAAUUAUGGGGAUAAAUAAAGCAUAGCAGAAAUGAAGGGCUUGUAAAAUGAACUUUAACAUUCUCAGGAUGCUUUUAUCUUAAGAAUAUAAAAUUGUUUAAAAAGAUUUUGUAAAAUGUAUUAAGGUCAUUUUCAAUGUAUGUUUUGCAAGUUGCAGUGCAAACGCUAUGAAGGUUUUUCUGCACAUAACCUGAAUUUUCAAAUUGUGCAAUAAAAAAAUGUGAAUAUUUUGCCAUGAAGAAACCUGUGACAGCAUUACAAACUGUACAGCUGUUCAGUGAUUCACUUAUAAUUGUUCUUCCACAAUACUCAAAGCUUGAAAUCAAAAUUAAUAUCAAAACAGUUUAAGUACAGUGAUGGACCAGAAGAGUGACUAAAAGUGACAACACCUUACAAAAACACCAAUGCAUAUGUCACGCCUCUUCAGUGGCUGAGUUUCCAAUAUCCCUUAUUCUUAUAAAACAAGAAAAACAACAGUUAACAGUAGCAGUCUUUGAGGAUCAGCUUAAAUUCUGACUGGUACUGGAAGGCUACUGCUUAUAUACGUGAAUUAGAUUCAUGCACCCAAGUCAACUAUCAAAGUUACAUUUCAAAAAAAAAAAAUGUGCAAAAUUCACAGCAACAUUACAUAAUGAUGUCCUUGAUAUUUUGUCCUUAAAUAUUUAUCACAUUAGUUUUAAUAUUUCAAGCUCAGUUUAUUGUACUGGCAACCACAAAAAGCUGUCCUACUGAGAAGAUUCUGUGUGUAAUUGCUAAGACAUACUAUGUUGUCAAUUUUGAGUAGAGCUGCACAAUGAAUAAUCUUGGCAAACUUACACCAGCGCAGUACUGACUGUGAUAGGGAUUUUCAAUUAUAUCUAUAGUUAACGUAAGCUACUCUCAAAACUAAAUUAUGUAAAAUUACAGUGUAUUUGCCAGACCUUUGUCACCAUCCCAAUAAAUACUGCAGAAACUCAACUCCCUAGAAUUCUAUGUUGCUGCUACUUCAUUCAAAAAUUAGUAAAAUGUUUGUUAGUAUAAUGCUAAUUGAUGUUUAACAAUUUCUGCAAGUCAAAUUAUCAGUAGCUUUCUUACAAUGAUUAAAUGAAAAUGAGUUAAAAUGAGUUCUGUUGUAUCUGAAACUUUUAAAAGGACACUCAGCUUUAAAUCUAGUCACUUGGGAAGACCUGAACUCAAACUCUUCCAGCUGUUGCCCUUAACAAUUUCCACUGAAUUUGUUUCCUCCAUUAAUUAAUACAUUGUCCCUGUUGCUAUGCAAGUUAUUCAGACUGGAGGGUUAUAGUGGUUACCCAGUGUUUUGUACUUGAAGUAGCCAUGUGCACAAACUGAACAUAAAAUCUGCAUUUGCCAGCGCUUAAUUGACAAUAACUCCAUGUCCAAAGUAACUUAGCUUAUAGUUGAUGAUGUCCCUUUUAAAUAUCAUAGACUAGCAGUUGUGACUUGUGUUUGUCUAUGUAGCAAUACGUAAUGCAAUCAGAGUGUGUAAUUCCUGUGUUGCUAAUUGAUUCAUUUACCUCAAACAGAUAUAUGAUCCAAGUUCUUUGCUAUUACUUUAGUAACCUGUGGGAGUUAAAACUCUGGCCAUCUGGGUACUUAAACUGGCUUGCUGUGUGACAUUAGAAAAUUCUCAGCUGACAGCUGAUGUUGCAGGAAGUUUAUGAAGAAGGGAGAGUGGAAUAGAUACAGAUUUAUAUCAUGCUGCUGUGGCCAAGGUGAGUUUAUACAUCUUCUGUAGUGUUUCACGAACGUAACUACCAGCUGCAGGAUAUAAACUGUUGAGAUACCCUACAUAAAGUACCACUCCCCCUCCUCUUAAGAGCACCCAGUGUUAGAUAGUUGCAAUAGGUAUUAAAAAAGCAACAAUGAUUAAAAUGAAAUAACCUUGGAGACAUAUGUGUUCUGAGGUAAUUUUUUCAAAUGUUUAUUUUUACUAAAAAUAGCAAAACCACCUCUAAUGGCAGGUUCAGCACACUGAUCAAAUUACUUUCUAUAAAAUAAAGAGAUUGAUUUACCAA